AUGGAAGCAUCCAAGAUAAAUCCCACUGCUUUUCCUUCGUUUAGUGCAACAGCCUCUGCAGGUGUUCGAUUAUUAGAGGGCACGGGAUUCACUCAACGAUUGGUCAUAGCAGUGAUCAUUCUUAUUGUGUCUUCUGUUAUCUAUCAUCGAUUUUUCACUUCUGCUCCCCUCAAACCUCUUCCUCCCGGCCCCAAGGCUUUGCCCACUAUCGGCAACCUUCACCAACACCCCACUGAACUGCAAUGGAAGCAAUACAAGGCUUGGCACAAUCAAUAUGGACCUCUUAUCAGUCUGAAAUUCUCGGGGUUCAACGUUAUCAUCAUUGGUUCACCCAAGGUCGCCAAUGAUCUCCUUGAUAAACGCGGUCUUAUCUACAGCACCCGGCCGCGUAUGAUAUAUGCGAACGAAUGUAUGACGAACGGUCUUCAGCCAAGCCUACAGCCAAAAUUCCAUGAGCUCGAGAGUUGGAGCCUUAUGCAGAAUCUGCUCACCGUGGGCGACGAUUGCUCUGAUAUCAUCACGAAGUUUACUCAGGGUGUGACCUUUACCUUGGUUCUCGGCAAACGGAUGUCUGCCGAAACUGAAUCCAAAUUCCUUGAGCUUGGCGAGUUCGCUCUCCGCAAGUCCACUGGUUUCCACCGGGCCUCCUUUCUGGUCGAUAUUUUCCCAUCGCUUAACUGUCUUCCGGCGCCCCUUGCCCCCUAG